AUAAAUGUACGAUACGAAUUGUACCGAUAGAAAGGGUUGAUAAAUACAAAUACCUAGGAACCUGGAUUUCAGGCAAUAAUGAUCAAACAACCGAAAUAAGAGCUAGGAUAGAAAUAGCAAAAAAUGCGAUGGUAAAAAUGAAAAUAAUUAUCUGGAACAAAGCUCUUAGAGUAAAACUGAGAGUAAGAUCAUCACUGAGAUGCUACGUGUUUUCGAUACUGCAAUGUGGACUUGGACAUUGAAGCAAAAAUACAUAAAUAAGUUACAGUCCUUUGAAAUGUGGUGUUACAGAAGGAUGCUUAGAAUAGCAUGGACACAGAAGAAAACUAACACGGAAGUAUUGCAAGUAAUGGGCAAAGAAUGCGAAAUAAUAAACACAAUAAAAAUAAGAAAGUUACAAUAUCUCGGAUACGAAAUGAGGGGACAGCGAUAUGAACUGUUAAGGCUUAUAAUACAGGAGAAGAUAAGAGGAGAAAGGAGUAUAGGAAGAAGAAGAGUGUCAUUGUUGAAGAAUUUAAGGGACUGGUUUAAAUGCAGUUCUAUAGAACUUUUCAGAGCAGCAGUAGAUAAAGUAAAGAUAAUGAUGAUGAUAUCCAACCUUCGAUUGGGAGACGGCACUUAA